UACAUGCCCCAUACCCGGCUGCAUUUGUCUCAGGUUUUGCCACAGAGGAUAGGAACCAGUCUGUAAUAGCGUAUUAAACAGCGUGCAAAUAGAUAUAGUACCCAGGCAGAUAUUACAUGCGUAUUAUCUCGUCUCGUUUGCGUGCGUGCACAUCCAGGGCCCGAUUUCCCAGUGUUAAUAAAAAAAGGCACUGCCAAAUAUAACCGUUUUGGAAGAUGGGUCUGAAAAAGUAUUUGAUUGCAGUAAUUGCUGGGUAUUUUGGAUUCCUCCUCAUCGACAGGUUUGAUCCAGCAAGUAUAAAUGGCAAGCGUGUGGUCAUCACCGGUGCUAGUACGGGUAUAGGAGAGCAGAUAGCUUACCAGUACGCCAGGCUUGGAGCAAGGGUUCUCAUUACAGCACGCAGAGAAGCAGUGUUACAACAGGUGGUUGCCAGGUGCAAAGAGCUGGGAGCCCAGGAGGCCUUCUACCUUGCACUAGACAUGGGCAGAGAGAAUGACACCAGGAGGCUGAUUGACGAGGCCAAGGUGAGGUUUGGUGGCCUGGACCAUCUCAUCCUGAACCACAUCACCAACAACUACAUGGCACUGUGGACUGGUGACUUGAAGAAACUGAGAAAGACCAUGGACAUCAACUUUCACGCCUAUGUGAGCCUAGCCACAUUUGCCACACCAAUGUUGGCUGAGAGCAAGGGGAGCAUUGGAGUGGUGUCGUCUGUUGCAGGAAAGGCAGGAGUACCUUUUGUAGCCGAUUAUAGUGCAUCAAAGUUCGCCCUCCAUGGCUUUUUUGACUCGCUUCGCCAGGAAUUUCAGAUGCAGAACAUCGGCAUCUCGGUGACCAUGUUUGUUAUUGGUGCCAUUGAUACGCCCAAUGCAUUGGAGUACGCCAAGGAAGUCAUGACGACAAACCUCUUCCUGACCACCUCUUCCUCCACCGCUUACCGCAUCUUGACAGGAACUGCUAACAGAGAACGGGAGGUCUACUACCCCCUGAACGAGAUCCUGCCCCUGCCUCUCUUGAGGGACUCCGCCCCCCGACUCUUGGAAGUGUUUAUAAGAAUGACGAUAAAAUCUGAAUUUCUAGAGGAGAUUCAGAAUAAUCCCAAACCCUUCAAAACAUGAUUGAUGUCCUGGUGGAAAUAUCUGCACCGCAGAGAUGAUUUUUCUGGAGACAAUUGGGGUACCUGAAAAAAGUCCAGCCUUGAUUUGCAAUAUGGAAAUGAAGGGAGAUUUCCUAUGAUUUUCUUCAAAAAAGGUUUUUGUAGUUUUGCUGUUUACAAAACCUGUAGGGGUAAGACUUUCAAAACAAUGUUUGGUUUUAGAUACGGUGGAGGGCCUUUAAUGGAAAAUUUUGGGAGACAACUCUUAGCAUAAGGCACCAACUGAAGAAAAUUUGCUUGAUACCGUAGCCCAAGACUGAAACCCAGAUCACAGAAUUUGAAGUUGGGAGAAUAAUGGCCUCUUCAACAGGACUUUUUUAAAGGCGGGUUUGAUUCUGGCAUCACUUUAUUUCAAACACAUCCAAAAUUAAGGAUAAAGACUUCCAUCUCAAACUGAAGCCUCUUAUUACUGCUUCAAGCCCAAAUUUGACAAUCGUGGCCUUGCAAGCAUUUAUAGAACUUCAUUUGUGUUUUUUGAUGGAAUUCAUGAAUAAAGGAAAAAUAUGUACUUGACCGGUCUUAAAUGUGCAUUUAAGACGAACUCUGGAGAAUGCUCGCGACUAAUGCCCGAACCGUUGGGGAGGACAUUAUCAGCAUUUGUUCUCGUGAGUACGCCUGAUGGAUUUCUAAUGAUAUGGUUCUAAAAUUUUCACGAUCACACCGGUCCAUUUUAUGGCAUAUUUCUUUUUGAAAGUUGCCCAAUAGAAUAUCCUUGUAUAUGGAUUUGGUGUACGUUUGGUGCAUGUUGCGUUGCACGCAGACUCAUGACCAGUAGGAAUGGAUCCGGGUACCAGCCUGUGUUUUAUGUAGCAGGCAUUAUCACUUCUCAGCGGACAUUAUCAAAUAUUAAUAAAUGGUCAACUUGCACAUUGUUGAAUAGGGAGAAUGUCUGAGGUAUUAAUGAGUUUAUUUAUAAGUAUGCACAUGUAAGUCAUUGUAACUGUCACAGGGUUUGAUUUGUAUUUGUAUUUGUAAAUAGAGCUGAUACAAAGUUCUCAAAUGUUAAUACAAAGCAUUAACAUGAUAAAUUUGAUAUAUUUGUUGAGAAAAUUUCAAGGGAUUUUUCUAUGUGAAGAUCAUUACCAAAUCUUCAGAGAAAGCUAUUCUCUGCCAUGAUGUGGAGAAAGACGUAAUAUGUCCUUUUGUAACUGAUGUUUGAAUGGUAAUACCCAGGUUAUUUAUCUGUUCCCAGAAAAUGCAAUAAUCACUAAACCUCACACACCAAGAGUGUGCAAAUUUUUAUACUUGUAAGUUUAUGAAGACAUUUGCUAAUUAAACCUAAUUUUUUAAUAAAUGAUGCUUUUUUGAAGAAUUUUUUCAAUGAAAUGAUGUGAUAGGUUGGUUACCUAUUGAUCAAUCAUUUAAUGAUUGAGAGCUCUGUAAAAUCAUGGUCAAUAAAGUUACCAACUUUAAUGGUUUAUUCGCGAAAAGUAAA